AUGCAGCGUGUUCCAGCGACGAUCGAGGAACAAUUGGAAUCGAAAGCAAUCAAAGAGGAAUGUCCAUGGGAGAGCUUACCCAAAAGGCUUCAAGCCACCUUAUCUUCCAAGGAAGAAUGGCACAGAAGGGUUGUCGAGCAUUGUAUUAAAAAAAGACUUCAAUGGAACGCUUGUUUUGCUCGCAAAAUGUGUAAAGAAACUGAAUACUACGAAGAUUUGAUGCGAUACUUGCGAAAGAAUUUAGCUCUGUUUCCUUAUCACCUUGGGGAGUAUGUUUGCCGUGUAAUGAGAGUAUCGCCUUUCAAAUACUACUGCGAUAUGAUUUUUGAGGUCAUGAAGAACGAGCAACCUUAUGAUAGCAUUCCCAAUUUCAGUGCUGCAGAUGCAUUGAGACUUACAGGUAUAGGAAGAAAUGAAUUUAUUGAUAUAAUGAAUAAGUGCAGAUCUAAGAAAAUUAUGUGGAAGAUUAACAAAUCAAUCGCAAAAGAACUUUUACCUACUCAUCCUGUGGAUUUACAGAUUGAAUCAUGGUGGGGAGUUUGUCUUGUCAACUUUACAUUGGAGGAAUUUAAGAGACUCUCGGAAGAAGAAUUGGCCACCAUUGAUAAAGUUUGCAAGGAAGAAGCCAAUUCAUAUAUCGUGUUUGAUCCAGACAUUAUCAAAGGUCUUUUUCGGAGGGGAUUGAUAUACUUUGAUGUGCCUGUUUAUUCGGAUGACCGCUUUAAAGUUUCAAGGCUUGAAGGGUUUGUUUCAAACAGAGAACAGUCUUAUGAAGAUCCUAUAGAGGAGUUAUUGUAUGCAGUGUUCGUUGUUUCUAGCGAAAAUGCCACUGUUGCUGAGCUUGCUACGACAUUACAGGCUGAGCUUUCACAGCUCCAAGCUGCUGCAUCUUUUGCUUGUCGGUUGGGAUGGGCUGAGAAAGUGAUUGAUCCAGCUUCUAUUCUUCAAGAAACAAGUGUGCCUCGUUCUCCUAGAACCAUUCUUAGUGAUGAAGAGGCUUCACAACCUAAUGCAAGCUCAUCAGAUAUUUUCAUUGAUGGUGAUAAUAAUAAUGCUUUGGAAGGGGAAGCUUAUUCUUCAGGAGCAGAGAAGUAUGGGGCAGCAGCAGGUUCAAUGUAUGUUCGUGUUGCCUUCAUUGUUGAUGCUAACAUAACAUCAUAUCUUAUGAUGGGAUCUGUUUCACCAGGCUUGAAAUCUCAUGCUGUGACACUCUAUGAAGCGGGAAAACUUGGUCAUGCUAGCAUUGCUGAUCUUUGCAAGGAUUUGAGUACACUAGAGGGAGCUAAGUUUGAGGGAGAACUUCAGGAAUUCGCAAAUCACGCUUCUAGUCUUCGUUGUGUUUUAGAAUGUCUUCAGUCAGGCGGAGUUGCAACUUAUGAGAAAACAGAUGAGCUUUUCAACAAUAUAAAUGAAAUAGCUUCAAGCAAUGAGGAAACUACUUCUAUGGUUGCUGAUAUUACCUUAAAGAACGUAUCAGAACCUGCAGGCUUGGACCAAGAUGGGCCUAGUGGUGAUGAUCCCAUUAAUAAAGAGGUGUCUCAGAUGGAUUCUGAGGUCUCAACUGAAGUCUCUGAAUCCAUAACUCUUGAAGGAUCAGAUGUAAAUGGAAAAGAAUUGUCAAAGAAGAUAAAGAAAUAUCGGGUAGAUAUACUUCGUUGCGAAAGCUUGGCAUCUCUUGCACCCACAACUUUAGAAAGGUUGUUUUUACGUGACUAUGAUAUUGUUGUGUCUAUUAUUCCACUUCCACAUUCAUCAAUUCUCCCUGGACCAACGUUCCCUGUUCAUUUUGGUCCCCCCUCUCACUCAUCUAUGACGCCUUGGAUGAAGUUGGUGCUGUACACAACUGUGGCUUGUGGUCCUCUAUCUGUUGUUCUAAUGAAAGGGCAAUGCUUGCGCUUACUUCCUGCACCAUUGGCUGGUUGUGAGAAAGCUCUCAUAUGGUCUUGGGAUGGUUCUACAGUAGGAGGCUUGGGAGGCAAGUUUGAAGGAAAUUUAGUUAAGGGAGGUAUACUUUUACACUGCUUAAAUUCACUUCUGAAACACACUGCUGUGUUAGUGCAGCCACUCAGUAAGUACGACCUUGAUGAAUCUGGACGAGUUGUUACUCUGGAUAUUCCAUUGCCGCUGAAGAAUUCUGAUGGUUCAACUGCUCGUGUAGAGAAGGAAAUGGGGCUGAGUGAAGAGGAAAGUAAUAAGCUUAACUAUUUGUUUGCUGAUUUGGCCAACAGUAUGGAGUUGUGGACAGUUGGUUAUAUUCGGCUUUUGAAACUUUUCAAGGAAAAAGAGUCGGAACAGUUUUCUCCUGAUGAGGAAAAGUAUGAAUGGGUUCCGCUAAGUGUGGAAUUUGGUGUUCCACUUUUCAGUCCAAAAUUAUGCAACGAUAUAUGCAAAAGGGUUGUAUCAUCUCAAUUACUUCAAGCAGAUUCACUACACGAGCAUCAUGAUGCAAUGCAAAGCCUAAGAAAGAGACUGAGAGAUAUUUGUGCAGAGUAUCAAGCAACUGGUCAUGCAGCAAAACUUCUUUACCAGAAAGAGAAAUCAAACAAGGAGCCAUCUCGACAACAUCUCAUGAAUUAUGCAAGUGGAAGGUGGAAUCCACUUGUGGAUCCUUCUUCUCCCAUUUCAGGAGCCUUGAGCGAACAUCAGAGAUUAAAACUGGCUAACAGAAAUCGUUGCCGAACUGAAGUGUUGAGCUUUGAUGGGAGUAUCCUUAGAUCAUAUUGUUUAGCACCUGUGUAUGAGGCUGCUACAAGGCCAAUUGAAGAAUCACCUUCAGGGAUGAUCACAACGAAAGUUGAGCAAGAAGAGCCUGAUAACAGAGAAGUUGUCCUUCCUGGUGUUAAUCUUAUUUUUGAUGGCUCUGAGUUACACCCUUUUGACAUUGGAGCUUGCCUGCAGGCUCGUCAGCCAGUCUCCUUAAUAGCAGAGGCAGCUGUUACCUCUGCUGCUUUUGCUGCUAUUAAAUAGGGAGUUUCUGGUACAUGCUUCCUUGGAUAGAUUUUCUGUUUUUAUUUUUUUUCCCAUUUGCUAGCUUAUUUUGAGAAUGGCAGAAAUCACUGGCGUGUAGUCAAAAUCAGAUCUAAGGUAAACAUACUUUUCCCCCUUUUUGGUUUGUGCUAUCAAGUAUCCAUGAAAUCAAAAUCAAUUUAUAGUAUAACAACAGUUUUGAUUGCUUAACUACACUGAUUUAUGACAGAAACAUUAUCAUGAAAGACCCAUUCUUUGAUUCUGUAUAUUAGUUGGAUUUAGAUUACAUUCA